CAGAGAAAAAAGCAGCAAUGUUUGCGUACGAGGACUUAGAGGGGGCAAAUACGAGUCGUUCUCGCUCCCCCAAAGUUCCCAUAUUAGUAACAGUUUUGGUUUGUGUAUUGGUAGGUGUAGCUGGUCUAAUUAUAGGUGAUGUUAUUGGGUAUAGGAAAGAUAAAAAUAUUUAUGACCCGUCGCGCAAGGGCCCUGAUUGCCCUUUCUCAAAAGCUGCAGUGGCCGCAGACUCCGAGAAAUGUUCAGAGAUUGGACGGGACAUUCUCCAAAAAGGCGGCUCUGCAGUAGAUGCUGCAAUUGCUGCGCUGCUGUGCACCUCCAUCAUCAACCCACAGAGUGCGGGGAUCGGAGGCGGGGUCAUAUUCACUGUGAUGGACAGCUCCGGUAAAGUGAAAAUCAUCACCUCCAGAGAGACUGUCCCCAGCAACGUGACCUCUGACCUGCUUAAGUCGUGUCCUAACACCACAGAGUGGACCGUGGAGUGGAAGCAAGAUAACAAAUGGAUUGGGGUUCCUGGGGAAAUUCGAGGUUAUGAAGCGGCACACCGGCUUUAUGGGAAGUUGCCGUGGGCCGACCUCUUUCAGCCGACCAUCAAAUUAGCCAGAGAAGGAUUCCCCAUUCCUUACUACCAAGGUCAACACAUCCCACGCAUUAAUAAUACGUCAAUAAGGGAGUUAUAUUUAGAUAAAAAUGGGAACCUGCUUAAGACCGGUGAUACUGUGAAAUUUGAGAAACUGGCUGACACUUUGGAGACGAUCGCAAACGAGGGACCAGAUGUGUUUUACAACGGAACAAUAGCAAAGAAUUUAAUCAGUGACAUACAGAAAGCAGGAGGAACACUCACACUGGAGGACUUGGCAUCGUAUGAAGCUAAUGUGACUGAUGCGUGGAAUAUUUCUUUGGGAGAGUAUAAGCUGUACUUCCCUCCACCCCCUUCAGGAGGAGCCAUCCUCAGCUUCAUCCUCAACAUCAUGAAAGGAUACAAAAUGAAUUCAGAACCUAAGACGACUGAUGAAAAGAUUUUGUUUUAUCACCGUUAUAUUGAAGCUUUAAAAUUUGCCAAUGGAUUAAAGAAACAUAUCCUAGAUCCAAAGUUCAGGCCAGACAAAAUGGCAAAGAAUUUGACAGAGGAUAGUUUUGCAGACAGCAAACUGAGCUUGAUCAGCAGCGAAAAGACUCAUGAUCCCCAGUAUUACGGCGACACCUCACAUAUGGACAGCAUCGGCACCACACAUGUAUCUGUAGUGGCUGAAGAUGGAUCUGCUGUGUCUGUCACCAGCAGCAUCAACGACGAAUUUGGCUCCAAGGUCCUCUCUCCAAGCACUGGAAUCAUCCUCAACAACCAGCUGACUGACUUCUGUAAUAGAACUAAUAGCACCUCUCCCGGGGAGCGGCCUCCCUCCAAUACAGCCCCAUCUGUGCUGAAGUCUCCGUCAAAGACGCUGGUGAUUGGAGGGUCUGGUUCUGAAAUGAUUCCACCGGCAGUGGCCUCGGCGGUCAUGAACCACCUUUGGUUUGGAAAGAGCCUUGAGGAGGCUAUUGUUACUCCUGUUGUUUUUGUUGACUGUCAAAGUGAAGUAAAACUUGAAUCAAAGCUUGACAAGGAUGUAGUUGAUGGUCUUGAAGCUAAGGGACAUAAAGUAGCAAAAUUCUACAACACAGUUAACGCUGUGGAAAAGGCGGACAGCUGUAUCUCUGCAUGGUCUGAUGAAAGGAAAAAAGGCAAAGCAGCUGGUUACUGAGAUGAAGAAUCAGUGAUGUUAGUUAUACAGCAUGGUCUGAAGGUUAUGGACACUGCUGUAGCUACAACAUUGGUAAAUCUAUAUUUGUCUGUUAACUGAUAGUACAUUCAUGCUUUACACAUGUGUCUAAAAAAGUUUGUAAUAUUGAAAACAUAAUGCGAUAAUCAGAUUAUUUAAAUCCAAUGUCACAUGCAAAAUAGUGCAAAGACAGCACUGUAAAAACUAUGUUAUUGGGUUUGUUUGUUUUUUAAAUUUCAGGGGUUGCUGUUGAUAUCCGUCUUUUUAAAAUAAAAAUAAAAAAAUCAAUAUGACCUUUUAAAUAUUUGUUCAUUUUGGUUUUUGAUACACAGAAUAGGCUAAACAAGGUCAUAGCUUUCAGGUUGAAAUGUGAAGCCCAUGACUACGUUUCUUCAACCUGCAUUCUUUCUAAGCAGCAGGCCAGCAGGACGAGACUGACUGCAAAGAUGUUUGGUUAUAUAAAAGACUGUUGGAAAAAGAACUACAGAGUUCAUGUUCCAUUCCACCAGUAAACAAUUCAUAUUUUCAAGUCUUAUCAAAUUCAUGUUUACUUUAUAAAUUUUAGCCCACUGGAUUGUCCAGAAGGGAGAUAAAAUAGGGCUGUCCUAAAGUGUACCCUAAGUUAUCCAUCAAUUAAUUUGUAAUUUAAAAAAAAAAAAGACCAGCAUAACCUGCAGUUACUGUUACAGGGAUGUCAGCAUCAACAAAGCUGGAACUCACAGACUGUUAGAGCCAAAUAGAAAGGUCAGUAUAUUAUCUGAAUAUUACUAGCUACAUUUAAAUGCUUUUUAGUAUUUUUUUUUAUUCAGUUUGCGUAUUAAGAUUUUUUUUUUGUUGCUUUAUUAGUUCAUCCUGCUAUUGUUGUGCUGUUAUAAAGUGUGGGUAAUUCUGCUGAUGUGGUCAGGGUAAAAGUUAAUCAGGCAAGCAGUUUGCAAAGCAACAGUUUGCUUUUAUAGUUCUUUAAUGUGUUUUACUGAUAGAUAUAGAUAACCCAGACUUGAA